AUGACACAUGAUGAAGAUGACACUUCCGAAAGCAGUGAUUUGAGAGAAAAUACUUCUGUGAAAAUCAAAUCUCCCGCUCCUAUAACCAUCAAGAGAGUUGCCGCGACAUGUGGAAGAAAAACUGGUACCAUCACUUCACCCCCCUGCCAGAUUCGAGGAUUGUGCACUUCUGCAGUGAAGAGCCCACAUCCCGAUAAAGUUGAAACGGGAGGUGAAGACGCCUGCUUUGUUCGAAAGAAGUGUUUAGGCGUAUUUGAUGGCGUCGGAGCUUGGAGAGAGAGAGGUAUUGACUCAGGACUAUACUCAAGAAGGCUGGCCCGCCUCACGAGCGAAUUUGCCGCUCUUAAUGGACCAGAACACAUUGUAAGGGCGUUAAAGUGGGCGGCCAAACGAAACGAAGAAAUAGGUUCAAGCACUGCCUGCGUAGCUGCGCUCUCUGGUACCCAGCUUCAUGGGGUGAGUGUUGGAGAUACUUCGCUCGGCGUGAUCAGAGAUGGACAGUUCAUUUUCAUGACCAACCCCUUGCAGCACAGCUUUAAUUUUCCAUACCAGCUUGGAACGAAUUCAGAUGAUCGAGUCGAAGACGGUCAGAUGUUUCAAUUCCAAAUAUCGCCCGAGGACGUUGUCAUUUGCGCUAGCGAUGGGCUUUGGGACAACGUAUACCCAGACCAGAUCUUGAGCAUUCUGCGAGUGGCGAGGCUCAAGUAUCAAGACUUGAAUCUGGACGGUUGUGAGUGCCAGCAUUGCUUGGUGAUGAAGGAAGCAGCGACACAACUGGCUCGAACUGCCAAGAACAAUGCGGAGGAUGAGGAAUGGUUUUCACCGUUUGCAUUGCAAGCCCGGGAAGGCGAGGCUGAAGAAUUCCCUGGAGGAAAAAUGGACGAUGUCACAGUAACGGUUUCGUAUGCCAUGGAAGAAACUGAUUUGCGGUCAUGGCGUCGAUAA